AUGAAGCUGAAGCACAAGAAGCAGUCAAGGAUCGAUAAAUUAGGAGAGUCAUUAUCAGAACUCCAUGGGGAUUUGGAAGUGCACAAACAUGAGUUCAUCGAUACUGACAGGUACCAUUUAGACCUCAUAUCUCUUCCUGCAGGAAAGAACUGUGCAAAAGAGGAGAGGAGGCGGGAAAAAAAGCAAGAUAAACAUACUAACCAACAGUUAAGAUUGAUUAACAAGCCCAAGGGCCGAGCAGGUCAAGGCAGUGGCUACAAGCUAAUAGAUGCCUUGGGACUCACAGAGAAGAAGGAUGUGUACAAUCACCUUUCAGAUGUUGUAUGGAAAUUGGUCUACCGCUACCUGGAUACAAGUCAUUUGCUUUCUCACCAAAGCGACAAGCUCCUUGUUGAGAAAGUCAUUCAGAGGGCCCAAGCAGAAUCAGAAAUCCUCAUGCAGUGUGAGGGAGGCUGCGGUGCAUGUGCUUUAAUUGCCCAGGUAUUGGAAAACCAGUCAACAUCUGAACAAAGGCAAAAACAGAAUGCUGAAGCAAGGAGGAAGAGAGAAGAGUCUAAUGACAAAGAUGAGGAGGAAGUGGGCACAGAUGAUGCUGGUGCUAACAGGUGCAUUAAACAUACUUCAGGUACACAGAAAAAGAGAAAGAGGGACAAGUCUGAGUCUGAGUCCAAGGAAGUGGACACAGACGAUGCCAGCGAUAACAGGCACAUCAAAUGUACUUCGGGUACACAUAAAAAGAGAAAGAGGUUCAAGUCCAAGUCCAAGUCUGAUUCCGAGUCUGAGUCUGAGGAAAUGGACACAGGCAAUGCUGGUGAUAACAGGCACAUCAAAUGUACUUCAGAUACACAGAAAAAGAGAAAGAGAGACAACUCCCAGUCCAAGUCCGAAGGAAAUAGAAAGAUGGAGAGGGACAAAGAUGAUGAUGAUGAUGAUGAUGAAGAUGACAACAAUGAAGAUGAAGAUGAGAGGAGUGUCUACCCAAAAUGCACAGAAGCCAGACAGAAAAUGUGCAAUGAUGACAUCCAGCCCAACAUGCACGCCAAGGGUGAUAAGGGUCACCAAUGCCUGGGUGGUACUCAGAAGCAUUUUAGAGAAAGAGAAAUGAGCUGGUGGAUGAAUCAAUUGAUGACCAGCAAUCAUGCAUACUACAAGCAGCAAAUGGCAUGCUGGGAAUGGAAUGACAGGAAUCUAUCAGCAAUGGGUCAUGCACCUCCAAGACCACUCACAUCAGUAUGGGAGCAAGCUGAUGAAGCAGAGGUGCCAGCAGCCUCUGAAUGUCAUGAUGGGUCACAGAAGAAGAAAAGGAAUGACAUGUGUCCCUUGGACUACAAUUAUGGCAACAAGGGAGCUGCAAUCAUCGAGCACACCCUCAUUGCCCUGUUCCUGGCAUCAGCAGAGUUGACUGCAGCAAUAUGGCCUCUACUGCUUGCACAUCCCACAACAGUUGUCAAGGCACACAAGAUCAUGGUUGCAAGUAGCGAUGCAGGUUCCCUCAUCCACCCCACAAAUGAUGAUGAUACAGAGUUGGAGGAGAUAUUUCAUAGAAACAUUGAUGCUGCUCAGGCUCUGCUGGAACUCCAAGAGCAAACACAGAAGGCAUCUCCUACUCUGUCAUCCUGUACUGAUGAUUCCAAUCAAGCUGCCAACAAGUUACAUUCAGAGCAGGCGAAGGUUAACGUUCACUACACACUUUAUCCCACUAACAUUGUGCCUUACUGA